AUGAACACGAAAGGUAUCGAGACGCUUGAGUAUUUGGAGAACCUGGAUGUCUCGGACAAUCUGAUCGAGUACCCUGAGGCGCUGCGAGCCUUGUCGAUGAACCAGAACCUGACUCAUCUCACGAUUCGAGGCAACCCUCUCAGCCAAAAGCCGGGAUAUCACGUUCCCAUGCUCGAUAUGAUUCCAAGCUUGAUCAUGCUCGACGACAAGAAGAUGCGCAGCGCCGUCAAAUACAAGACGAGAGAAGUAUCAGCCACCAAGUCCCUAUCAUACUCGCGGAUCUAUGACGAUAAGAAGCAGUUUGUGAUCCACACGCAAACUCGGCCGCGUCCUGCCACCACCGUCCAGCCACUACUUCCAGGAGAUCCCGCGUCAAAAUACGACGGCACAAUGUUCUUGCCACCUCCAAUCGAGCCUACUCACGAACGCGUUCGAGCGGGUCUUCAGAAAUACCAGCAGGGUACCGCACCGAUAUCGCCGCCACCAGCGCCGAUUUCUCCCAGCAUUACCACAAAAGCUCCCAACUCGCCAUCGAAAUACCGUGCUGCGCCCUAUCUGAGCAUGUACGAUCGGCUCGCUCAGUCGAAUGGCAUUCCUGUCAACAGACCCGUUGCUCCGUCCAUCAAGCCCAUCUUGGAUCCCAAUCCA